UUCAUAGGAAACUGUUUGCACUUGCUAUUCCAUGGAUUACCGCAUCGUGCUCUAUGGAAACUCUCGCAGAAACAAGGUCCUAUCAUCCACCUUCAGCUAGGGAGAAUACCAGUCCUAGUAAUCACUUCAGCUGAAUUAGCAAAACAAGUUCUGAAGACAAAUGAUCUAAACUUUAGUAGUAGGCCCUCAUUAGUAUGCCCUGGAAAAUUCUCUUAUAAUUUCAUGGAUGUCACGUUUAGUUCUUACAAUGAUUACUGGAAGGAGAUGAGAAAGAUUUUUGUUUUCGAGCUUUUAAAUCCAAAACGACUGCUAUCUUUUCGGUCUAUUAGAGUAGACGAGGUCGCUUUUAUGGUCGACUCCAUUUCUCAAUCGUCUUAUAAGCCUGUCAAUCUUUCUGAACAUUUGGUCUCUCUUACUUUCACCAUAAUAUCUAGGAUUGCCUUUGGCAGAGAAUUUGAUAAGGUUAGAUUUCAGGGUAUUUUUUACGAAUGUAUGCAAACUUUGGGUAGUUAUUUUGUAGGCGAUCUUUUUUCAUAUUUUUGGGUUGGUAAUCGAUGUUCUCACAGGACAACGUUCAAAGCUGAAGAGGAAUUUUCAUAAACUCGAUAAUUUCCUACAACAGGUCAUCGACCAGCAUAUCGACUCAGAUCAAAGGAGGCCUACGUCACAACAAGACGACAUUAUUGAUAUCUUGCUUGGACUAGAAAAAGAUGGGGUUGGUCCAGUUCAAAUCACUAAAGAUCGUAUCAAAGCACUCCUCAUGAAUAUUUUUGUUGGUGGUAUAGGUACAAGUACUAUUACAAUGGUCUGGGCAAUGGCAGAACUUAUUAAGAACCCCAGGGUAAUGAAAAAAGUGCAAGACGAGGUAAGGAAGUGCGUAGGCAGGCAAGGGAAAGUUGAAGAAGCAGAUCUUGACCAGCUUCAUUACUUAAAAAUGAUCUUGAAGGAGACUCUAAGACUGCAUCCUCCAGGUCCAAUGUCUAUUCCAAGAGAAAGCAUUAGACACUGCAAGAUAAACAAAUAUGAUAUCCUUCCCAAAACAACUGUUUUAAUUAACGCGUGGGCUAUUGGACGAGAUCCAAGUUCAUGGGACAAUCCAGAAGUUUUCUUCCCAGAAAGGUUCAUCACUAACUCCAUUGAUUUCAGAGGACAACACUUCGAGUUUUUACCAUUUGGAUCAGGUCGACGUGGUUGUCCAGGGAUAUCAUUAGGAACUACAAUAAUGGAACUCACACUUGCAAAUCUUCUUUACAGUUUUAAUUGGGAAUUACCUUAUGGAUUGAUGCCUGAAGAUAUGAACAUGGAUGAGGCUGGUACUUUUGCUGUCCAUAAGAAAUUUUCUUUAGAAGUUGUGCCGGUCGUGUAUAAAUGAUUGCCAUUAAGAUCCACGCUGGUCUUGAUGUUGGUUAAUCGAAGAUUUUUAUGCCGAUAUGAUUUGUCAGUAAGACCCGCGCCGAUCUCAACUGGCUAGCACUAGCAGCAGUUUCUUCUGAAUCAAUCAACUUCUUUUGCUAUCGAUAUUAUGGUCGUUUAGUUAUUGUUUAUUGGCUUGUGACCCUAAAAUAUAAAUA